GUGGCCCUGGCGGCCGUGGAGACCGACCCGGCGCCGCUCUCAACUUCCACUUCUCCUUUCGCCGGCGCCGUGUUCCCAGCGUCGCUUGCCAGGCCUGGCUUCCGAGGGGAGAAGGCGGGCUGGCGGGGCUGGGGACCCGCGUCUGGUCCCCAGAGCGGGGAGGGAACCACGGAGACCGACACGGGCCCGGCGAUCGAGCCUGGCCCGCGAGCCACUUGGCCUCAGGUUGCUCCUGCGAUUGGCCCAGCUCAACAUGCAGCUUUAAGCCUGGCUUAGACCACCAGCUCCUCCAGUCUUCUACAUCCCUGUUGUACUGCAACUCACAAGGUACCUGAGUGCAUCUCUUUGUCAAGAAAGAACCGCGGUUACAGAGGGCCCUGUGGGUCCUGCUGUCGGCUCUCUGAGAAGACAGCAUGGCUAUUGCCUUACAGCCCAGCGACCUGAUCUUUGAGUUUGCAAGCAACGGGAUGGAUGAUCUCCACCAGUUGGAAGACCCCUCCGUGUUCCCAGCUGUGAUCGUGGAGCAGGUCCCCUACCCCGAAUUACUGCAUCUAUACUCAGGACUGGAUCUGGACGACGUUCACAAUGGCAUCUUAACGGAUGGGACUUUGUGUAUGACUGAGGAUGACAUACUGGAAGGCAGUUUUUUGCUGGAAGAUGAAAAUGAGGCCACCUCACACAGCAUGUCAACAACUGAACUCUUGCUAAAUAUGGACUCUCUUGAUGACAUCCUGGAUGAGAAGCAGAUCUUCAAUACCUCCGAAAUGUUUCCAGACUCAGACCCUGCUUCAGCCAUCUCUCUGCCCAACUACCUGUUUUCUGCCUGUGAUCCCGAUGUCCUGAACAGGGCACUUGACACUAGUAACCAGGAGGCACCUUCUCUGGAGGAGAAGGUCCCCAAAGAGGAAAGUACCAAGAAGAUUGCAAAAUCAAAGAAGAGAAUCCGGAAGACCAAGGGCAACCGAAGUACCUCACCUGUCACUGACCCCAGCAUCCCCAUACGGAAGAAAUCAAAAGAUGGCAAAGGCAGCACCAUCUAUCUGUGGGAGUUCCUUUUGGCGCUGCUGCAAGACAGAAACACUUGUCCCAAGUACAUCAAGUGGACCCAGCGAGAGAAGGGCAUCUUCAAGCUGGUAGACUCCAAAGCUGUGUCCAGGUUGUGGGGAAAGCAGAAAAACAAGCCUGACAUGAACUAUGAGACGAUGGGGCGGGCACUAAGAUACUACUACCAAAGAGGCAUCCUGGCCAAAGUGGAAGGGCAGAGGCUGGUAUACCAGUUUAAGGAGAUGCCCAAAGACCUGGUGGUGAUUGAUGAUGAGGAUGAGGGAAGUGAAGCCACAGCAGCCCCACCUCAGACCUCUACAGCUUCCACCAGUACCCCCCGGCGAACCAGCUCCAGGGUCUCAGCCAGAGCUGCUGCUCAGGGAAAGGGUGGCUCUUCCCGGGAGAAGCCGAAGGUUCAGCACGUUGGUGUCCAAUCAUAUGAAAAUCUGGAAUUGGGACCAUCUCUAGAUGAGGAGACCCCCACUACCUCCACCAUGCUUGUCUCCCCACCAGAGAGCCAGGUCAAACUUACCAAAGCUGUGAGUAAAUCUUCAGUGCCCAGCAACAUCCGCCUAGAAAUAGGGUCAGGCUCAUCCUUGACCCUGCAGACAAUCCCACUGACCACGAUGCUGACCAAUGGGCCUCCUGCCAGCACUACUGCUUCUACCCAGCUUGUUCUCCAGAGUGUUCCACCUGCCUCAACCUUCAAGGACACCUUCACUUUGCAGGCCUCUUUCCCUCUGAACACCAGUUUCUCAGAUAGGCAGGUGGCAGCCCCAGGGGCUCCACUGAUUCUCAGUGGCCUCCCCCAGCUUUUGGCUGGGGCCAACCGUCCGACCAACCCAGCACCACCCUCGGUCACAGGGGUUAGACCAGCAGGGCCCAGCUCUCAGUCCCCUGGGACUGUCAUUGCUGCCUUCAUCAGGACUUCUGGUGCCACAGCAGUCCCUGGGGUCAAGGAGGGGUCACUGAGGUCCUCUUCAUACGUGCAGGGGAUGGUGAGCGGGACCCAAGUGGAGGGGCUGCUAGUUCCCAAAGAGACCCUGAGGGAGCUCCUGAGAGAUCAGGCUCAUCUUCAGCCACUUCCAACCCAGGUGGUUUCAAGAGGUUCCCACAAUUCGAGCCUUCUGGGGAACCAGACUUUCUCUUCUCCCAGCCGCCCUACUGUUGGGCUGACUCCGGUGGCUGAACUUGAGCUCUCUUCAGGCUCAGGGUCCCUGGUAAUGGCUGAGCCUAGUGUGAACACAUCUGGGAGCCUGCUGACCAGAUCUUCAACCCCAGCCUCCUUUUCUCCAUUCAACCCCACUUCCCUUAUUAAGAUGGAGCCCCAUGACAUAUAAACAGAGGGGUCAGGAGAAGUGUCACCCACCAGGUGAAAAUGAGUUGCAUUGUCAUAGAGACUUAAGUAGCACACUUGCCCCUACAUUUCAGUGCCCCCAGGUCCCAGCCCUGCCAGGCAUCACCAUGUCCAAACUAUGCCUAGUUGGUACAUCCCUGGCGUCAGACUAUGGCCUUCAAGAGCACUAGGGGAUAUGCUCUUGGCAGGAUAAUGGGCUGACUUGGUGAUGGAGGAAAAAUCCCCGGAGCCAGGGAGAAUUUUGUAGCCAAGGCUGGUGCAGGGUCUUCACGAGACAGUCUUUCUACCUGGCUGGAUCUCGCCACCUACUUGCCCUACACAGGGAAUUUGCUAUCCCAUAUGUGAAUAUUUCUGUAUGUAUUUGUGUGUACUUGUGGGUCUUUAUCUUAGUUUCUUUGGGGAGGAUGAGUGUAGCUGUGAGGUCUAGUCUUCUAAUAGUGUGUGUAUCUUUCUGUUGUUCAGCCACAGGCAUGCAGAUUUUUUUGAAAGGGAAAACAUUCUCUAAUUCUCUUUGUGCAUGCCAAGAUUCAGUUGUUUUGAGACUGUGGGGUAUGGUUGGAGUCCCCAAAUCUGGAGAGAUGUCAUAGAUGCAGGGUAGGAGAGCUUUAGUGGGUAUGCACAUUGGGGAAGAUAUGCUCCUAAGGGACAAGAAGGCCAAGUAAGAUAAAAGCACAAUGAGAGGGGAAAGAACUUACCAGGGGUAUCUUCCCGAAGUUAGCCUGGUUACCCACCAAAGUCACCCUGCUGCUGGGCUGGGAACUUGGCUACCCCAGAGUGCUUUGCUGAAGCAUUAGUCUGGGGCAACGUGCCUCCCUGUCCUCCCCUCCACAGAGUCUGACCUAAUUGGAUGUUUGUGCCCAGGGACAGGCUCUUUGGGUAACACCAGCUCCAUGCUGGAAACAGCCUUCACUGGCACCCAGACCUAUAUCCCAGUCCUGGGUUCCCUCUUGAUUACUUUCAUGCCUGACAUUUUCCAGUUGCCCAGCGUUGCUGGGGCUAGUUCCACAUGACCUAGAUUGGGCAUCCUCCACUCCUGCGCAUGCUGCAGGGGCAACUGCCACUUAGCCAGCCUGUGACCUGCUCCCCUCACCUCGCAGGUUGGCCAGCCCACUCCUGCAGCAGACCUCGUGUGGAGUGUUGCCCCUUAUCUCCAGUUUUUCAUACUUAACCCGGAUUCCUUCUUCGCCAAGAAGAUAGGAGUCGGCAGACAUGAGUUCCCCAUGAGUUUCCAGGACACUUCCCCUGUUUUCCAUGGCUUCUCACUUCCCUCAUUGCUCUCUCCAAGGAAGGGUCAACUCAUUCUCUUAGUGUCAACCCCUUGGUGACUGAGGACCUGGAUCCCCCUCCCCUCUCCAUUCAAGUUAGUUUGCCUCUCCCCUGCCAAGUUUAGGGGAAAGGCUAUGAAAUGUUAGCCUCAGAAACAACUCUAAUCUGAUGGCUCUGAUUAAUGUGAAUCAGUGCCUGAGGACCUUCGCUAUGUCCUUGGCACAAAACCAUCCACUUGACCUAACUACCUCCCCUGGCUGCUCUUGUCUCUCUUCCAUUUGCUGCCAAGCCAACUACCCCUCUCUCCCGGCUCCCUUCUCCCCUCUCCUCCCUGUCCUACCCCCAAGAGAGUUGUGCAGUUGCAUUUACCACACAUUUUCAGCAGUUGGCAUUAAAGUGCCUUUUUCUAAUAAAGUCAGUUUAUUAUGAAUUUCCUGAUGGUUGAAAGUAAGCAUCUUGUAAAAGAGUCACCUUUUCUUUCUUUCUUUUUUUUUUAAAGAAAUUGCACAAAGGCACUGUAUGUGUCAGGGGUGGCCUUAUCCCUGUCUAAAGUCUGCUUUCUGCCACCCCUGCCCCAACUCCAUAGAAACUCAUCAUUGGAAGGUCACAUACACCCUCGAGGUGAAAGCAAAUAUCUUCUUCACAGUUCUGGCCCCUCUGAGCCACACUAGCUGGGCUCUCCUCUCUCUCCCCCAUCACCCUUUGUCUACAUUGCUGCCAGCUCCUCUCUGCCAUGUCCAAUGUUGGUGUUCCCCCAGGGUCUCAACCAUUCUGGGGUCAUUCUAGCUCUUUGGGAAUGAAUCCUAAAUCUAGGGCUCCAGCCCCUACUUUUUCCCCUAAGUUCCUGGCUCACAUUUCUAGUGAUCUGUUGGGUAUUCCCACCUAGAUGUCAGCCUCUCAAAAAUGGAUUUUUAAAACUUCUUUCCACACUCCCAGAAAACCUCUAAAAAACAAACAAAAGGCCAUCAUGACUAACCUAUUUCUGUUAGUGUGCCACCAUUUUCCUGGCUUUCUAAGCUCGAAAUUUCAGAGCCAUCUGAUGGCUGCCUUCACAUUCCCCCAUCCCCUUCCCCAUCUCCCUAAGUUCACCAUGCAGUUUUCAAGUCUCUAAAAUCUGGCCUUUCUUCCAUACUCCCAGAGCCCCCAGCUUUGCCCAAACUACCCCAAAACUCCCUCCAACACAUAUCAAUGGCCCCAGAUGUGACCUAUCUCAACACCUCCUAUCCGCCAGAGUACCAAUUCUGUCCCUCUGCCAAAAAGCCUUCAGUGACUCCUCCUGGCCUACAGGUAGGGGUGAUAAUCAAGUAACUGAAUUUUCAGUGCUUUCUAGGCAGCCUGACAUUAACCUUUUAGUUGCUGAAUCCAGUCCCAGGGUCUUGGAGGAGGCAUGGGGGAGUACAUGUAGGGCUCAGGACAAAGCCUCAAGUCCUUGGCUGCCAUCAAGCCCCUUACCAUCAGGUCUGACUGACAUUUCCAGCCAACUAUGCAUGCUGCCUCCGCUGACCUUUGAACAUGCCUCUGUUCACAAUUCCCCACCUCUGUGUUUUUUGCUUUACUUGACUCUGCUCAACCAGAAUGCUCUUCCUAUUCUGCUGGUCCCAACUAAAUCAUGUCCAUCCUUCAACACUCAAUUCCUAGAAUCUGCCUCCCCAAACCAGCCUCUCCUUAAGUGAGUUCUUUAAACUCAUUGCAAUUGCCACUCUUUUAGGCAACUGGUCAUCAACAGCCUGUGACAUUUCCUCUACUAUAAUCACAAACUAUUACUUAAACCUUCAAUAACCUGUACCUAUUUAGUCUCCCCAGUCAGGGUGUUACCUCCUGAGGAGCAGGGGUCCUGCAUCACCCACAGAACAGGGCACAGUACGAAGCAGACAGCAUCAAGGAACGGUUAUUGAUGGAGCAGGUGGGAGAUGGGGACCCAACUUCAAAGUAGGUGACUCCUGAUCUCCCCUCUGCAUAGGCACUCAUUCCAGGUGCUCCACUGCCCAGGGCCUGACCUUCCUGGCUCAGUGCCCUCAUGGUACCCCCCCCCCCACCUUGGCACUCGAGAUUGUUACUACUUUGAAAAUCCUCUGUCCCUAAAGAAACUUCCCUGUCCAGUUUCUUUCCUACUCAAAGUGUUAAACUAGCUAAUCAGAUAAACUAACCUGUGCUGAUGUAGUUAUAGGCGAGGACUAGAGGAGAAUCUCAGGAGACAGGUUCUUUUCAACCAGGGUCAUGUGGUAACAACAUCUUUGCCUUUGCGAUGGUUUAAUGGAGUUACAAGUCCAGAUGACCCUUAUCUCCCAGCAGCUGAUGUGUUGCUCCCUCCUCUGGGCUCCCACAGCACUUUGUAUAUACCUCUUAUUGUAGCACUUAGCACAUUGCAGUUCCUUAAUUAUGUGUUUAUGUUAUGUUUCUCCUGAUAGACUGUGAGCUCCUCAAGGACAGGGACUGUGUGUCAGUCACUGAUGUAUCCCCAGCGCCUCAGCACAGUGCCUGGCACACAGUAGGUGCUCAAUAAAUGUUUA